AUGUCUGUGUUGGUGCCCGACUACGCGAGCUCUUCGGAAGACGAGGGUGCCCCCAGCGUGUCUACGACAUUGUAUCUACCGCCGGAGAUUCAGCGACUGCUGGAGACAGGAUCCAGUGCCAACGCGCUAUCCGACGACAGCGAUGAUGACAACGAGCUGCUGGCCAAGCACAAGCGCGCCAAAAAGGCGGCAAACAAGCGGCCUAGACCCUCGGAAGCCGACAAGGACUCGGUUCUGUCCUUCCUGCCACCACCCAAGCACGAGCUCCCAGCCACACGGGCUCAAGCAGAUCAGCAGCCAAUGGACGAGGCGACAGCGGCGGCAAAUGCGGCGGCCUGGCAGCAAUACUACCAGCAACAACAGCAGUAUCAGGCUAGCUAUUCUGCAGCUUCUCAGGACUUCUACGUUGCUCAGGGGGAGGACGACGUACCAGGAGGCAGCUCCAAGCGCAGGAGGACCCGGGAACGAGACAUUGAGAGAGCUCUGCAACAGGGCCACUUUGAGACGGUGGCGGACCAGAUCAGGGAGGUGCAAGGUCCAGUGUCUCAUGCCUGGCAGCCGCCAGUUGAUCCGCGUACAGGAGACCGCGGAGUCAAGGGAUCCAGUGACCAGGAGAUCAAGGUGAACGCCAGCUUCUGGAACUCGCAAGCUGGCACUACCGUGUCGUCCAGCAAACCCAGCCGUCUCCAGAGACAGAGGCACCAGCUGAACCAACUUGCUUUCGACGCAAAGGUGCGUGACUUUGAACUGCUGGAGAAGCGUGGAGCCUCAUUGAAAACGAAAAGGGAAACGUAUGCCAAGUAUGGCUGGUAA